AUGGAUUCCGUUGGAUCACUUGAACUCGGUCCAGAGUCCACAAAUACUACUGACAAAGCAUGCGAAACGGUCACUGCAACAAGAAAUAAGAGUAACUUGAAGAAAACUUUUUUGGCUUGCAUUGGCUGCCAUGAAUAUUUCUCUCUAGAGAUGUGGAGAGCAGCACUCACGGAGUUGGUGGCAACCGCGACCCUUAUGUUCACUCUCACUGCCUCCAUCAUCGCAUGCUUAGAUUCCCAUGAGCUCGACCCAAAGCUUGUCGUUCCAUUCAUUGUCUUCAUCAUCGCCUUCUUCUUGCUCAUGGUCACCGUACCUCUAUCUGGAGGCCACAUGAAUCCGACCAUAUCUUUCAUCGCCGCCCUAAAAGGUGUCAUAACUUUUGCUCGUGCUUCGAUCUACAUUUUGGCACAAUGCAUCGGAUCAAUCAUAGGCUUUCUUAUAAUCAAGACUGUAAUGAGCCAUCAAAUAGCUACAAGGUACGUUUUAGGCGGUUGUGCCAUCGAUAGUAAUGGACGAUCAUCGGGACUAAGCCCGGGCAUUGCAUUGGUACUAGAGUUUUCGUGCACGUUUCUACUACUCUUGAUCGGCAUAACACCGGCAUUUGACAAGAGAAGUUUCAAGGAAUUAGGGUUAGCCAUGGUUUGUGCAUUGAUAGCGGGGGCUCUUGCACUGGCUGUGUUUGUGUCCAUAACAAUAACUGGGCGGGCUGGCUAUGCGGGCGUGGGCCUGAACCCAGCAAGGUGCUUAGGCUCAGCUUUGUUGCAAGGUGGGCCGCUGUGGGAUGGACAUUGGAUAUUCUGGGUUGGGCCCUUUCUUGCUUGCAUUGUUUAUUAUGGUGUCCCUAUGAACUUACCAAGGGAAGUUCUAGUGGGUUGAGGAACAGAUUGACUUUCUGAGCUUGGCUGGGGCUUGUUUGGGAGAUGACACCCCAAUUUCCAUUCGACUGAAGAAUAAUGCAAUUGACUGAAGUGUAAAAUAAGGAUCCUCUUUAAAGGACUAAUUGAAGUGUAAAAUAAGGAUCCUAUCUAAACUUGUCCUUUAACUUGGGAGAAAGUCAAACUCUCG